AUGGAGAACCCACCGUUCAGACCUCCACCUUAUAAUGCCUCCUUCUCCCUUUGUCCCACCGAUGCAACACUCUUCUUCCUCCCUUCCAUCUACAUGCUCCUCUUCCUCACCGCUCUGCCAGGCAACGCACUAUCUUUGUGGAUAUUUCUGCGCCGCAUCUCAUCCAUCUCCCCCACCCACAUUUACUUAGCUCACCUGAGCAUCUCCAACCUCCUGAUGUCUUGUGUCACGCCCUUCCUCGCAGCAUACUUUGCCAAGGGUUCAGCCUGGGCUAUGAGCAGUGCCCUGUGUCAGAUAGUUCUGCACGGGAUCACCCCUGUGCUCCACAUCAACAUCUAUAUCAGCCUUCUGAUCCUCACGUGGGUGGCCCUCAGCCGCUUCGCAGUCCUCAUUCAGAACACCCACGCCUCCAGACCAAGCGCUUGCAUCACCCUGCUACCUCACAGCUUCUUCAGCUGCCUCACACGGGUCUCCUUUGCAAAUGCUGUAUGUGCCACGGUGUGGGUGGUAUCGGUGGGGGCAAUUGUGCCAGUGACUGUCUACUACUCUGUGAAUGAGGCUAUGAUGGGCAAAAAGGAUGGUGAUGAACAGAGAGAGAAAUGUGUGGAUGUCUGCUACAACCCUGCCGUGGAACUUGGAGGAAGUGUGUCCUCAUCUCUCAAUAUCGCUACUAUAACCGUGUUCUUUGUGUUCUACCUGCUGGUGCUUCUGUCAUACAUGACGGUGCUAAGGCACAUCAGACGCUCUCGCCUCAACACAAACGUCAACACCUCACAGAGCCUGCUGGCCCGGGUCUUCAGGAACAUCGUGGUCAUACAGAUUGUUCUUUCAGUUUGUCUUCUGCCAUUUCAUAUUUACAAACCCAUCUUCAUCACGCUGAUUCAUCAUCAACCUGACCUGCUGCACUACUCCGGCCCUGACGACUGCAGCUGUCAUCCACUCAACAUCUACAUUGAGGUGAAGAACAUCCUUUUUCUUCUUGCUGCUCUGAGAGGCUCAACUGACCCUGUGAUGUACUUCCUGUUGGACAGAACCUUUCGUUGUCAAACCCUCAGACUUUUGAGAUGCAACCAGGGAGACUCUAACAGAAAAGCAAUGGUUUGGUCAACAACAGGAAGUGCUAAUCAGAAGCUUGAACAUCUGGGGGAGGAAAACAUGGCCACAUCAACCAUGGACUCAGGGUUUGGAAGGACUACAUAA